UACUGCACUGCCACUGCCAAACUAUGCGACUGUGGGAGAUUCGAUACAAAAAUAGCACAUGCAAAAUAGUGAGCGAAACUGCAACCGUUAAACUUAUUCAUUCGUUUUCAACUGUGAUUGUGGAAAAGUGCAUCAAUUAAUUUGCUUUAUUAUUCAAUAGAGCCGAUAUGGGUCACUCGGAACCAAAAACGUACAUCUCGGAUAAACUGCCCGAGGGACUGCGUAAAAGCAUGCAGACCUUUCAGGCUAAGAGCACUCUGCCCAUUUUCCUGAAGGGCGGUCCAGCAGAUCGAGUACUGUUUCUUACCACCGUUGGCCUGUGCGGCAUUGGCUUUCUCGGGUGUCUACAAUUUAUCUACUCCAUGGGAUUCAGCGGUAAGAAGAGCGAUUGAUAUCAUCACCAAUAAAACAGCUUAGCUAUGGUUAUAAAAACUUAA